UAGGGGAAAAAUGAAAAAUAUGAGGUUCAAUAAUUUCUUAAUCGUUAUCUACUUCAUUUCUCUAACCCUAGCUCACAUUUUUCAAGCACAAAACUCCCACCAAGACUACGUCAAUGCACACAAUGCGAUUCGUGCUCAUGUGGGGGUUGGUCGGAUUACUUGGAACUACUCGGUGGCCGCCUACGCUCAAAAUUACGCCAAUCAAAGAAGGGGAGACUGCGACUUGGAUCAUUCCAUGGGGCCUUACGGAGAGAACUUGGCGGAAGGUUAUGGUAAUUUGAAUGGAAUGGACGCAGUGAAGAUGUGGGUUAGCGAGAAGCCUAACUAUGAUUAUGCAUCAAAUUCUUGUGUUGGUGACGAGUGUUUGCAUUAUACUCAGGUUGUUUGGCGAAAAUCGACUCAACUUGGCUGUGGGAGGGUGAAGUGCCAGAAUGGAUGGUGGUUUGUAAUUUGCAGUUAUUAUCCUCCAGGGAAUAUUGAAGGUGAUCGUCCUUAUUGA